AUGGGAAAAAUUCUCCUGUGUAUAUACCUGUGGAGUGUUUGUGAGCUGUGCACAACUGCCGCUAACAAAUUAGGGUUGACUAAAAACACAGUGGGAAAUGUAUAUGCGUUAUUGCGGCGUUAUUGUGGGCAAGACCUACAGGACAGACCUGUCAUUCCAUUUGGAAGCCAUGUGCACGUUGCAAAAUGCGACGUGAGCCAAUUUAAGCAUAAAUCCAAGGUACAUAAAUUAAGGAUCUGUACAAUAAGCCACAGAUACUAGGCAGCACCCAUCUUACAAGCAGUAAUUCGUGUCACUGUGUCAAACGACUAUCAAAAGGCACAUGAAAUGAAAUCAGCGACUGAUCACACAGAAAUUAGUAAAGGUGUUCGACUAAUAUCGAUCGAGUUUACAUUACAAUUUUUUUUCACCGAGCACGUCUGCCUAAAAAUAAUAGCCUCUAUUACACAACUGGAGAUAUGGGCAAAUUAAUCUGGAUUUGAAAUCAACACAUGGCGAAGCAUGUAUGCAUUAUGUUUCUGUUGUGAGUGAGAAUAAGACUGCUGUUCAUGUAUGUGCGCAUGUAUGUAUGUAUGUAUGCAUGUAAAGACAGAUUGUUUCAUAAUAAGGAAAGACACAUAGUUAUGUAACAAUAAGAUACAAUCUAUAGACUACACACGCAAAGUGCCAAAGUAAUAUUGGCAGCAAAAUUUAUGAGAGUUAAUUGAUCCUUUUCAGUACCACUGCGGACGAAGGGCCAGAGAUGACGUCUGGGUAUUCGGUUUUAUUUCCACCGAGCAUAGCCCUUGUCCGGGCUAUUUCCAGAUAGUGCCGUGGUGUGACAGGGCAACACUUACCCCGAUACUCAGCAGAGUGCUUCUCCCUGGAUCGGAAGUUCAUACCAAUGACUGGGCCGCCUACAGAAACUUACCAGCUCAUGUUCCUAAUGUUUCAGUGCAUAGAUCUGUCAUGAAAAUUUUAUAG